GUGGCACAAUCCGUGUUAUUACCAACCCCAAAGCGGUGCUCCUGAAUGGGUAAGGCACACAAACAUCCGCCAGGCAAAACUGCCUCUUCCACAAAGCUUGAGAAUUCGAACAAUACGAAACCCGUUAACUCACCCAAUAAUACACACAAGUCACAACCAAAAAAUAUUCAAAAGGUGUCUUCGUCAACCAAAGAUCUUAUCAAGCAUAUGAGUAUGAAAGCGGUGCUAUUCCUGAUCCUCUGCAUGGCUAUACGUGUCAUAUACACACACUCCUAUGAAGCAGCUCUGGAACACAAACAGACGAAAGCACAGAAACCUGAGGUGGAUACAGAAGCACCCAUGAGAGUUCAUGAUGACAAUCCUACUCUGUGUGGGCAGGCUGGAUAUACAGUUGUUCUGCCACCGACGGUGUUCAUCGGCGUUCUGGUGAGAAAUAAAGCCCACGUACUUCCGUAUUUCCUACAUGGACUCGAGAUACAGGACUACUUGACUAAAAGAAUCCAGCUACUAUUCUUAGCAGACAACUCAAUUGACGAUAGUGUCAAUGUGUUAUCCCAGUGGAUUGAUUCUGUCAGAGAACGCUACCAUCUGGUGAAUUUGGAAAUUGGUGGCGAUUAUUUGGCACACAGCAAAAUGUGGUCCACUGAACACUACGAACAUGUUGCACUUUUAAGGCAACGGCUUUUGAACGCAGCCAGGAAAUCAUGGGCGGAUUUCUACCUCACUAUAGAUGCUGAUGUCAUUUUGAUGAAUCCAGACACGCUAAAGCAUCUUAUAGAAUCUGCACAGAAUCCAGGCAAAAUUUCUUCAGAAUUCUCCGACCCGUUACCCGCAAUCUCACCGCUGAUGAACUGCACAUCGUCGGAGUUUUAUUCAAACUUUUGGGGAGCUAUGACGGAAACCGGAUAUUAUGCGCGAUCUGACACGUACUUUGACAUACAACGGCGGUCAGUUAUCGGCUUAUUUGAAGUCCCAAUGGUGCAUAGCAUUAUUCUCGUUAACUUACGUCAUAAACUUAGCGAGAACCUGCGAUAUUACCCACCUCCUUUUGGAUACAAAGGCCCAUUGGACGAUCUAAUUAUUUUUGCUAGAUCAGCACAAUUGUCGCACGUGCCAUUCUAUCUGGACAACAGAGAAUUCUAUGGUUAUCUGCCAGCUCCCGUGGACGAAAGUGACGUUUUCGGUCCAGGAUCACCUACGGAACAGUGGCUCAGGCGAGAGGUCGAACUGUUCGUGCACCUACGUCUGGAAGUUUUGAUCGACCAGGAGAACAGUAUGAGGGUACUACCCAGCGAAGCACUCAAGGAUGUGGCCGAAAAUUAUUUGCCUCCUAGGAGUAAACUAGGAUUCGAUGAAGUUUAUUACAUAAAUCUUUUACGUCGCAAAGAUCGUCGAGACAAAAUGGAGUAUUUUCUCGAUCAACUGGGGAUAGAUGCCCGCCACGUGGCCGCCGUGGACGGGAUGUUGUUGACAUCGGAGAACAUCACCAAACUGGGAAUCAAGCAGCUGCCUGGUUACGCUGAUCCUUACCACAAGAGAGCACUCAAAUUCGGAGAAAUUGGAUGCUUUCUCAGCCACUACAGACUGUGGCGCGAAAUGGAAGACAGAGGUUACGAGCGUAUUAUGAUAUUGGAAGACGACGUCCGGUUUGCACCUGGAUUCGUACGAAAUUUAGCCGGUGUGCUUUCUGAGGCCGACACAAUCAAACCAGAUUGGGAACUAAUAUAUAUUGGAAGAAAGCGAAUGUCUAAACAUGAAAAACGUGUACCCGGAACAUCCAAAUUGGCUUUCCCCGACUACACAUACUGGACUUUGGGCUACCUACUGAAAAGAAGUGGUGCAAGGAAGUUGCUUGCGCAAGAUCCUUUGAGACGAAUGGUGGCUGUGGAUGAGUACUUACCAAUAAUGUUUGAUAGACACCCCCAGAAAGCUUGGUUGGAACAGUUCAAACCUAGGAAUUUGGUUGCCCUCUCUGCCGAACCACUGCUUGUCGAGCCACAGAGGUACACAGGCGAGAAGCACUACGUUUCAGACACAGAAGAUUCGGAAGUUUUACCAGAUAAGUGAUAUUCAAUUCAAAAAUUGUAGCAGUAUUGUACUUAGGUAUAGAUCAUUUUCGUCUUGCUACGACUUCUGCCCCGUGAAAUCCAAAUGGUUUUUGCAAACGCCAUUACUUGAAUUUUUGCCUGUAUUUUACUGCAAUA